AUGGCCGCGCUCCUCGACGCCGGCGCUCAAGUGUCGGCCUCAACUGUAGACUUCCUCCCAGGGGAGGACGGACGGCAGCACCCGAGCGUCAUUCGCCACUUCCUUCACCAUGGCCUUGAUCCCAACUCGAGCCUUUCUAACAGCGAGCCUCUCUUAUCCCUCCUAACCAAUCCCGCAUGUGCUCGCGAAUUACUCUCAUGA